AUGCAGUCAGUUCUGUAAGUUUUUUACUUUUAAUACGAUAUUUUUUGAAUUCGCAUAUUAUCCAUGAAGGGGUUUUUUGUUGUUUUGUUUGUUUUCGAGGGUUUAAAGGGGUUUUUUAAUGUUUAGCGUGGUAAAUUGGGUAUCAAAAGAAACUCUAGAAUCUAUUUUAGGUAUGCAUGCCAAAGCUUUUUAGAAAAAACAAUGUUUUAUAUUAUUUUUGAUCUAUAAUAACCAACCACAUUAAAAUUUAUGACUUUUGAGCGAAACUCGUGAAAAGAAGUUAAAACGUUUCAAAUAAAACAAUAAAACAAACGUCCCAUGGCGAGACAAUAUCUAAUGAAUACCCAAACAUUUCAUGUAGUUUUUACCACUUUAAAAAUUGACAUCAACUGAUAUUACACUAGACAACUAAUGCUUACUUUUAAAGGAAAUUUCAAAGAAAGCCGGGAGAAAAUAACAUAGUUUUGCUCGUUUUUGGACACAGUGGCCCUAUAAUUAGCUAAUAUCUGAUUUUCGGAGCCGAGAGUGCGCAAAGGCACAGAUGGCGACAUUAUUCAUGGCAUGCGUUUGAUUUUAAUGUUUUUUUGGUUUGGACUUUUAUUCAAGUGCUUUUCAAUUGUCGUAAAGUAUGCCUUUUUAAAAUUAGUUGCUGUUUUGAGGGGGAAAAUAAUUUUUUUCGAAAUUUUUUCAUUUUCUACGUAAAAAUGUAGUCUUGGGCAGUAGGUAUCAUAUAUAGUAUAAUAUGAAAAGUAAAAAAUUUUAUUGUGUGCCAAACUUUAAUUUGAGUUUAAAAAAUGUUUUAGAAUAAACAAGUUACAGUAUUAUUAUCAACUUUUUUAAACUUCAAUGUCAUUUUGACCUUACUGUAAUAUAUUUUGACCCUACGGUUUAGUGUAAUAUAGAUUUACAAGUCAAUGAUAUUGAUCUUGAAAGGUCUUCCGGUUCAAUUGCAAUUAAACGUUUCAACCAGUGGACAAUCCGUUUUCCAAAGCGUCUCGACUAAUUUUUCCGCUGAAGUUCGAUCAAAUUAUGCAAAUGCGGCUUAUGUUUUAUCUUUUUGACACUGGCAGUCAGAACAACUUUACUUUUCUGGUUUUUUCGUUAAUUUUAUGGCAAAUAUUUUGAAAAUACAUUUUUUAAACUUGAAAAUGUUUAAAAAUUUUAUUUUUUUUAAGUUACAAAGGCAGGUAAUGGACCGCUGGCUUAAAAUGUUUGUGUUAACUGAUGAAAAAAGUUUUAAAAAAGUGAAAAAAAUAAAAAAUCUAAAAAAUGACGUCAUCAGAUUUACUGUCAUUUGAUAAUAUAUUCAAAACUUCAAAGCUCUUUACAGUUAUUUCUUUUGAAACUGUUGGAAAUCCGAGCAAAGAAAAGCUGGCAUAUACUGCGAUAUAACCGCGGUAUAUCGUAUUGUUAUUUCCGAAGAAUAAAAAAAUACUCAAUAGUAGUAUAUUUACGUUUGACUUUGCGUGUUUCGACGAUUUGAUUCUAUUAUUGGGCUUGAGGGCUUGCAGUCUUCUAUUUAAAACUGCUUCUAAUCGAAAUACAACGUAUUACUAUUUGUAUUGGUUUGUAGUACUAAUACUUUUGAACGUAGUACUAAGUGUUUUUAUUGGCUUUGUAGUACUAUUGAACAUAGUACUAAGUACUUGGAUUUGUUUUCUAGUACUAAAAUUUAAAAAGGUAGUACUAUUAUUGAGCAUAGUAUUAAGGUACUCAUAUUGAUUUUGAAUCACUAGUACUGUUGAGUACUGCGUUUCUAAUACUGUUUAAUACAGUACGAUUUAUGACUUUUUACUUAGUAGUACUACUUAGUACUGGUACUUAAAGUACCUUUUGGGUACCUUUUCUCAUUAUUGCACUAGUCUCUGCUAAUUUUGAUAAAAUUUGUUUACUAUUCCAAACACUAUACGAUACAUUAUUAUAUUAUAUUCAAUUUCCACACGAUAUUUUUUGGUUUUAUUGAAUUUACAACGAUAUGAGUAACAUCAAAAUGUUCUUCUUCAGAUUUUCGCGUAAAUAUUGGGCUAUGGAUAGGCCUACUGCCGUCGGCUUUUUAGACUUUUUACAUUUGCAUAAAGAUAAAGUAAGUUAUAUUACUACUUUUGCUAAAAUUUUUUCAGAAAAAAGCUUGUUUUAGAUAAUAGUAUCUACGUUUUUGGCUAAAAAGUUAGUUAUCAAAGUCCUUUAAAGUAGUUUUCUAGCAUAGUUGUGUCCAAUAUUAUGAUGAAUAAAAGUCAAAACAAUAAAAAUACGAAAAAUAUGUUAAUAGACUAAAGUAUUAUUUUUAGACCUUCAGACCAAAGAAGAGAUUUCCUAUAGGAACGUUGAGGUACAAUUUACAUAAACAUGCUCAAGCAACGUUAACUUCGGGACUUGAUUUAAGGCAAGCGGUUCGACAGCCGCCUGAUGAAACUUUUGAAGAUUGGAUCGCUGUUCACAGUACGUUUAUGUAACUGGUUUUGAACUCAAAAUUAUCAUUUUUUUCUUGGCCAUAUUUUGAGUUUAAACAUAAUAUGAGUAUAUAUAGACAAUGUGAAUAUAUGUCUAUUUGGAGCGUACUGAGGCUAUUUUGAUGUGUAGAGUAAUUUAAUUUUUGUUAUAUACUCAACUUUUGGUUAUUUGGCUGUUCUAAGAUUGAUCUCUUUUUUAGCCGUAGACUUCUUCAACAGAAUAAACUUGUUAUAUGGAACGAUAAGUGAUGUUUGUACUCGAGAAUCUUGUCCAACAAUGUCAGGUGGAGCUAAGUACGAGUAUUUAUGGCAAGAUGGACAAGAAUACAAAAAACCAACUCGACUACCAGCUCCACAAUACAUGUCAUUGCUAAUGGACUGGAUUGAGGCUAGAAUAAACAACGAAGAGAUCUUUCCAUCAAAUCCGAGUAAGUUAUGGGUAGUGUAAUAUAGGACUGUUAUGAUAAUAUGAAGAAGUUGUUGCAGGGUAUGGUAAAUUGAGUUAGUAGUUUAAAGUAUAUAUUUAUUGAGGUGGAGAAGAUUUAAAAAGUGAGACAGUUUUUGAUCUUUUUACAUUUGAAAUUUUCUUAUAUUGUGUUAGGUAGUGACUCAAAAAAAUUAAAAUUUUAAAGUUUUUUGACUUCUAUAACAAAAAUUUUUAGUAAAACUGAUAAAACAUUAUUUUAGCUGUAUCUUUUCCAUCCGACUUCCGGUCGAUAUGUUCAAAGAUUUUGUCGCGAUUAUUUCGGGUAUUUGUACAUAUUUAUAUUCACCACUUUGACCGUCUCUGCCAGAUUGGUGCCGAACCUCAUGCGAACACAUUGUACAAACAUUUCUACUACUUUGUAACAGAACACAACAUGAUCUCACGGAAGGAACUUAAUGCAUUAGUAAGUUUUUGGGCUGGUAAUGACAGGCAGAACGUAAAAAAAUUGAAAAAGUGACAUUUAUGUAGACGUAGAUGGAUAAUAUACUUUUGAAGAUAAGUUUUUGAGGAGUUGAUGAAUUUGGCUAAGUUUUAGGGUUUUUGUAGAGCAGGUAUCACACAAUAAAUGUGUGUAAUAUUGAGUGUUUAUGCUGAUAGAAAUUUAUGUUUCAGAAGGAUUUAACAGAACGACUUACUGGUGAACAGAUGAAGAAGUAA